CCAAUCUGAAAAUAGGUUAUCUGGGGUUGAUGGAGUUGUCAGCUUUCUUAAAGCAGACGAAAGUCCAAAAAAUGUAAUAAAAUGGAACUGAAAACACAAGAGCAGCUUGAAAGCCUUGGGAGUGAAGCAGACAGCGACUCCCUUCGGGAGCCGGCGAGCGCCAGGUCCCGGCAGGGGCAAACUUGGAGCUGGUGUACUCGGUGAGCGCCUCGGUGCCCUGGGACACGGCGCGCUUGGCCAGCUGGCCGGGCAGCACCAGGCGCACGGUGGUCUGGAUCUCGCGGGACGUGACGGUGGAGCGCUUGUUGUAGUGCGCCGGGCAAGGACUACGCCGCGGCCGCCGCCGCCGCCGCGAUGAGCCGGGAGAUGUCUUUGAGGAAGAAGUUCAAGAUGCCCACGGCCUUGGACGAGACGCCGGUGCACCUCGUACACCCACACGGAGCAGCUCUCCCUGCGGCUGCGCUUGCGCUUCUCGCGGCCCUUCUUUCGCACUUCGGUAACCUUGGGAGGCGGGGCGGACUCUGCAGGCUCAGGCAUGGCCAGCCGCACUGGCGACACAGACCCCCCGCCACCAAGAACGCAAGCACCGCCGCGGGACCGGGUUCUACCGGAAGCCAGGAUGCACUUGCACUUAGGGAGACCGAGCGCACAGGAAAGUUCCCAAGACGCUGCGUUGUGAUUCGCGAGUUUUCCGCGGCGCCCAACGCCAGGGAGACGAGAUUAUGUAAAUGAGUGGAUUCUGGCGGAGCUAUCCUAUUGGCCAUCCGGACAAACGGUACUUGAGCCAAUCAAAGUGCUCCGUGGACAAUCGCAGUUGUGUCUAUAAAAGGGUGAGGCGGCGGCGUCUUGGGCGACUUUCCCGGUCGUCAGGCAGGAGGUUUUUCUGAGUGAGUCCUAUCGGCUGCAGUCGCUGGCAUGUCUGGCCGUGGCAAGCAAGGAGGCAAGGCCCGCGCCAAGGCCAAGUCGCGCUCGUCCCGCGCUGGCCUGCAGUUCCCGGUGGGGCGAGUGCACCGCCUGCUGCGCAAAGGCAACUACGCGGAGCGGGUGGGGGCCGGCGCGCCCGUCUACAUGGCGGCGGUCCUGGAGUACCUGACCGCCGAGAUCCUGGAGCUGGCGGGCAACGCGGCUCGGGACAACAAGAAGACGCGCAUCAUCCCCCGUCACCUCCAGCUGGCCAUCCGCAACGACGAGGAGCUGAACAAGCUGCUGGGCAAAGUCACCAUCGCCCAGGGCGGCGUGUUGCCCAACAUCCAGGCCGUGCUGCUGCCCAAGAAGACGGAGAGUCACCACAAGGCCAAGGGCAAGUGAGGCUGCCGUCCGGAAGCCCAGCGCGGCCCGCGUCUCGAAGGGGCACCUGUGAACUCAAAAGGCUCUUUUCAGAGCCACCCACGUUUUCAAAUAAAAGAGUUGUUAACGACG